AUGCCGAUCCACAUUCAACUGUGCCGGCCCGACGCCAGUCUGGCCUGGGGCUUUCGUCUCCAGGGCGGACGUGAUUUCGGCCAGCCUGUCGUCAUUUCGGCCGUCAACCCCGACGGUCUGGCCGACCAGCAUGGCCUGUGUCCUGGCGAUCGCGUGUUGGCGAUCGGUGGCGACGCCACCUACGCCUUCACGCAUCAACAGGCCCAACAAGCCGUCAUCCGUUGCGGCAACGAGCUCACCUUCGAGGUCGUGCGUGGCGACCUCGUCUCCAGCCCGACGCGUGACAGCGGCCCCGGCAACCUGACCGCCAUGCCAACGCCUCCAGCCUCCUCGCAGUACUACGCGACCGGAGGCGACUUCUACCACGCCCAGUCGGUCAAUCAACCGGCCCAUCCGAGGACGACCAUGCGAUCGCAGGUCACGCUCAACAUGCGUCCCGGAGCCACUGUCUCCACGGCCUCCGGCGUCGCAGAUGUCGCGCAGCCACGAACUUCCGUCUUUCCGACUGGCAGUGGCCUGCGCCUCACCAGCGCGCCGCCGUACAAGCCGCAACCCUCGACCGGCUACAUCUCCUCCAGCCUGAAGCACGCCAUAGCCGCCAGCCAAGCGACACCGCUUCAAGCCCGACCGGGACUCGACGUCACUCCGACGCCCGCCCGACCGGCCCACAUGCAAAGCGCCCAUCCAUUCGGGCAGCGGGCCUCGGGCUCGAAGUUCGACUCGAGCCCGAGUCCCGGUGGCCGGCCGUCACGGCCUGAAGGGUCAGGCCGAAGUCCGGUGAAUCGGCUCAGUCAGUCGCAGGUGCAUCGGGGCGAGGCCGGCGAUGUGUUGUUGCACCACGAGUCCGUCUCAGGCUCGGCCGAGAGGCCGAUCUGUUUCACCUGCAAAGCGACCAUU